AGCACUCCCGACAUGGCAAUGAUGGAUGAGGAUGACGGCAUGAGCGAGAGAGGCCUCAGCACCUCCAGAAUGAGAUACGAUGAUGAAGAAGACUACCAUUCCAUCUACAUUGGGGUGCCAGCACCACGCAGCUACAGGAGAAAAAGACGCCGGAGGAGGUCCUCAUCCAGUCGAGAAAGAAAUGGUGACACUGAAAGCCACUAUGAGAGGCAGGACCGAUCAGAUACCGAUGAAGGAGGAGGGAGGAUGAGCUAUGAGAAUGGAAAUGGCAGCGCCAGCAGGACCAUGUCUCCUGCUGCUGAGCGACUCCGUUAUAUCUUGGGUGAAGAUGAUGACCUUCCCACUCCCACGCUGUUCACUGAGAUGGACACACUACAGCAUGAUGGAGAAGAAAUGGAGUGGAAAGAGUCCUCCAGGUGGAUUAAGUUUGAAGAGAAGGUGGAAGAAGGAGGGGAGAGAUGGAGCAAGCCUCACGUGUCAACAUUAUCCUUACAUAGCCUGUUUGAGCUACGCACUUGCCUGCAGACAGGGACAGUGAUGCUUGACCUAGAUGGUUACUCUUUGCCCCAAAUCAUAGAUGAUGUCAUUGAAAAACAAAUAGAAGAUGGCUUGUUGAAACCAGAGCUACGGGAAAAAAUAAGUUACGUGCUCUUGAGAAAGCACCGUCACCAGACCAAGAAACCUAUUCACCGAUCAUUGGCAGAUAUUGGCAAAUCUGUGUCAAGCACGAAUCGCAGCCCUAUCCGGAGUCCUGCUGCUGGGGCCGCCUUUCACCGCUCUACUGAAGACCUCAGGAUGAGGCAGAGUGCAAGUUAUGGACGAUUGCGCCAUGCCCAAAGCAGAAGCAUGAAUGACAUCACGGAUACUCCAAGCACAGAUCAGCUUAAAAAUAAAUUCAUAAAGAAGAUCCCCAAAGAUGCUGAAGCCUCUAAUGUAUUGGUGGGAGAAGUGGACUUCCUGGACAAGCCAUUUGUGGCAUUUGUGCGACUCAUUCAGUCCACCAUGCUGGGUGGGGUGACAGAAGUGCCUGUCCCAACUAGAUUCCUGUUUAUCCUUUUGGGUCCUUCAGGAAAAUCAAAAUCUUACAAUGAAAUUGGUAGAGCCAUUGCUACACUCAUGGUAGAUGAUCUGUUCAGUGAUGUUGCCUACAAAGCUCGAGACAGAGAUGACUUGAUAGCAGGAAUUGAUGAGUUUUUGGAUGAGGUCAUUGUUCUUCCACCUGGAGAAUGGGAUCCAAACAUCAGGAUAGAACCACCCAAGAAAUUACCCUCUGCGGAUAAGAGAAAAUCUGUAUUUUCACUGAGUGAAGCAGGGCAGAUGAACGGCACGGCCGGUGGAGCAGGAGGAGGAGGUGGUGGAGGGGGAGGUGGCAGCGGCAGUGAAGAUGAAGAGAUGCCAACUGUGCAUGAAAUCGGGGAGGAGCUUAUUUGGACUGGAAGGUUUUGUGGUGGCCUGUAUUUGGAUAUCAAGAGAAAGCUUCCUUGGUUCCCCAGUGAUUUCUAUGAGGCCUUUCAUAUCCAAUCUAUCUCUGCCAUCCUCUUCAUCUACCUUGGCUGCAUCACAAAUGCCAUAACAUUUGGUGGUUUGCUAGGAGAUGCUACCGAAAACUACCAGGGAGUCAUGGAGAGCUUCCUCGGUACAGCAAUGGCAGGUUCGGUGUUCUGUGUCUUUGCUGGACAGCCUCUCAUUAUCCUGAGCAGCACUGGACCCAUCCUUAUCUUUGAAAAGCUGCUCUACGAUUUCAGCAAGGGUAAUGACAUAGACUACAUGGAGUUCCGCCUCUGGAUCGGCUUGCACUCUGCUCUCCAGUGCCUUAUUCUGGUGGCUACAGAUGCCAGCUUUGUUAUAAAGUACAUCACACGCUUCACAGAGGAGGGGUUUUCCACUCUCAUUAGCUUCAUCUUCAUCUAUGAUGCCAUCAAGAAGAUGAUUGGAGCCUUUAGCUACUAUCCCAUCAAUUCAGAUUUCAAACCGGAUUAUGUGACCAUGUAUAAGUGUGAAUGCAUUGCCCCAGACCCAGUGAAUACAACAUUGUUCAAUGCUUCAGUCCCACUGGCACCAAACAACACUAACCUUUCUAUGUACAACACUAUUAAUGUCACAGCUCUGGACUGGACCCAGCUGAGCAAGAAGGAAUGUCUGAAGUAUGGUGGAAGUCUGGUGGGGAAAUCCUGUAAAUUCAUCCCUGACUUGGCCCUCAUGUCAUUCAUUCUUUUCUUUGGAACCUAUACCAUGACUUUGACCCUGAAAAAAUUCAAGUUCAGUCGCUACUUUCCUACAAAGGUCAGGGCCUUGAUUGCAGAUUUUUCCAUUGUCUUCUCCAUUUUGUUCUUCUGUGGAAUAGAUGCCUGCUUUGGAUUGGAUACUCCCAAGUUGCAUGUACCCAGUAUAAUUAAGCCCACUCGCUUAGACCGAGGAUGGUUUGUGUUCCCGUUUGGUAAGAACCCCUGGUGGAUCUACUUGGCCAGUGCACUUCCUGCUCUUUUGGUCACCAUCCUAAUCUUCAUGGACCAGCAAAUUACAGCAGUCAUAGUGAACAGAAAAGAGCACAAGCUGAGGAAAGCAGCUGGUUAUCACCUGGACCUGUUUUGGGUAGGCAUCCUCAUGGCAGUGUGCUCAUUCAUGGGACUGCCAUGGUACGUAGCAGCCACAGUUAUUUCGAUUGCACACAUCGACAGCUUAAAGAUGGAGACAGAGACCAGUGCUCCGGGAGAACAGCCUCAGUUUCUGGGAGUGAGGGAGCAGAGAGUCACAGGAAUCAUUGUCUUUGUUUUGACUGGCAUAUCUGUCUUCCUAGCUCCUAUUCUAAAGUAUAUUCCAAUGCCUGUGCUUUAUGGAGUCUUUCUUUACAUGGGAGUGGCCUCACUCAAUGGCAUUCAGUUUUGGGAUCGAUGCAAGCUUUUCCUGAUGCCAGCCAAACAUCAACCUGAUUAUGUCUACCUCCGGCAUGUGCCCUUACGGCGGAUCCACCUGUUCACCAUGGUUCAGAUUGCUUGCUUGGCUGUUCUCUGGAUCCUGAAAUCCACUGUAGCAGCCAUCAUCUUUCCUGUGAUGAUUUUAGCCUUGAUCUUAGUCCGGAAGAUGCUGGACUUUGUUUUUUCCCAACAUGACCUGGCCUGGAUUGAUAACAUCAUCCCUGAAAAGGAGAAGAAGAAGGAGGAGGACAAGAAGAAGAAGAAAAAGAGAAGCAACAAAGGCAAGGAGGACAGCAGUGAUGAGGAAAGAGAUCUUCCAGUUGGAGUUUUACGUUCUGAUUCUUCUCCUAAUAGUUUAGACCUGGAUCGCAGUAUUACACUUCACCUGAAGAUUUCCUGCCCGUCAUCUCCUGCAUUUAACUACUCCAGAAACCCCAUCUGUGCUGUCCCCCAAGUGAAGAUAGAGAUGGAGUCAGAUUAUGAAGAUACUGACACAGAAAAGCAUCCUCGGGACAUGGGCAAUGAGACCACACUAUAGUCCCAGUGGUCCUUUAUAAAUACAAAAUUGGGUUUAUUUUCUUCUACCUGAAAAACCAAGGGGGAUAUCUAGGCACAAGGACCUUGUUCUCCACUAAAGAACUGAUGACUGAAAAUUUGUAGGAUUCCAUUCUGUUGGGCUGGGAACAAUGAUGGAACCCUGCAUCUCUAGCUUCAGAUCCUCCCAAGCAAUAUGGAAUUGGUACUUCAGGACAUCACAGCCUGCAGGAACAAAAGAAAUCAUUAGCCUGCAGGCAGCUCUGGUUCUUUGGGUAGAGAAACCACAUAAGCUUUGGACUCCAACAUGUUGGGUUACAACUGAUGAGAAGCUACCAGGUUGUACACCAGCUCUUUUGAAGCUGGACCUUGCUGCCCUGUCUCCUAACCUGCAUACCCAUUAACUUUAGACUUGGCAGAGUCAUUUUCCAAUGAUAACUUUGGCCAUUGCUCUGUUCUGCAACUUGAGUUUUUAAGGGGACAUUUCAACUUAUGUUUUCCCAGGAGGAUUGGACAUUGAGAAGUGGGGUACAAUGGAUGGAUGAGAAGCACAAAGCUUGACUCUUCAGUCAUCCAGUAUUAAAAGUGAUCCCUUAAGGACCAAUGCAGGAGAAAGU